GAAUUAAAAAUAAUUUUUUCUUUUAAUUGUAAUAUAAUUUAAAUUUAUUUAAAGGCAGAAACAGCAACAAAAUGGCCAGCAUCGCUACAAAAGGGUCUGGUUUAGUAAACAAACUAAUGGCUCAGGCCAGGCCACAGUUGGACGUUUUCAUGAAGUACGCUAGAGUGGAACUGACACCACCUACCCCUGGCGAUAUACCCGUCAUUCGACAAGGAAUCGGCAGACUUAUUAACGGUGCCCGUACUGGAGCAUACAAAAAUGUUACUGUCCGCGAGGCACGGUUAAACACAUUGGUAACAAUGGAAGUGUGCUUCUGGUUCUAUGUUGGUGAAUGUAUUGGAAAGCGCCACAUUGUUGGAUACGAUGUUUAGUUAAGCUGCAUUGCAAAAUCUUCGAUUUGAAAUUUGGUAUAAACUCACCAAGAUCUUUUCCAAAAAAAGAAAUAAAUUGGUGAAAUAUGUAUGGCUUAGUAAAAUAUAUUUGUUUCAACAGAAUAAUCAUAAAUCGGCAAUCAACUUGGAAUACAUUCAAAUAAUUAAGAAAAGUCA